AUGAAAUUUUCAACUGCCGUUACUACGUUGAUUAGUUCUGGUGCUAUCGUGUCUGCUCUCCCACACGUGGACGUGCACCAAGAAGAUGCACACCAACACAAGAGAGCCGUUGCUUACAAGUAUGUUUACGAAACCGUCAUUAUUGACUCUGACGGCAACACAGUGACCCCUAGCGUUGCUGAAACUGCUUCCGCUACUGCUUCUGCUGCCGCCACCGCCAUCACCACCACCUCUGUUUUGGCUCCAACCAGCUCAGCCACCGCCAUCGCUGUUUCGUCUGUUAUUGUAGCCAAGGACGAAAAGGUCUCUACUGCUGCCUCAUCUACCGCUUCUCCUCAAGCUACUCCAUCUACAACUACCCCUCACACUGUUUCAUCUUCAUCCGCUGCUGCAUCUUCCUCUGCCGCUUCUGCCGCUUCUUCGUCCGCUAGUGCUUCAUCUUCUGCUGCUUCUUCAUCAUCCUCUGCUGCGGUCAAAUCCAGUGCUUCCGUCACUUCUUCAUCCGCGGCCCACUCCAGUGCCUCUUCGUCGUCUUCUGCUCCACAGUCCACCUCCUCUUCCUCUUCCUCUUCCUCUUCCGGAAGUGGUAGUGUCUAUGGUGACUUGGCUGACUUCUCAGGUCCAAGCGAAAAAUUCAAAGAUGGUACCAUUUCCUGUGACAAAUUCCCAUCUGGUCAAGGUGUCAUUUCCAUUGAUUGGAUAGGCGAAGGCGGAUGGUCCGGUGUAGAAAACACCGACACUUCCACUGGCGGUUCGUGCAAGGAGGGUUCUUACUGUUCCUACUCCUGUCAACCAGGUAUGUCGAAGACGCAAUGGCCAUCCAACCAACCAUCCGAUGGUAGAUCCGUCGGUGGUUUGUUGUGUAAGAAUGGCUAUUUGUACCGUUCAAACACUGACACCGAUUACUUGUGUGAAUGGGGUGUUGAAGCCGCCUACGUCGUUUCUGAAUUGAGCGAAGGUGUUGCCAUUUGCAGAACCGAUUACCCAGGUACCGAAAACAUGGUUAUCCCAACCUUUGUUGAAGGUGGUAGCUCGCUGCCAUUGACUGUUGUCGACCAAGACUCCUACUUCACCUGGGAAGGUAAGAAGACAUCUGCCCAAUACUACGUUAACAACGCGGGCGUCUCCGUGGAAGAUGGCUGUAUCUGGGGUACUUCAGGUUCAGGGAUCGGUAACUGGGCUCCAUUGAACUUUGGUGCCGGGUCGACUGACGGUAUCACAUACUUAUCGUUGAUCCCUAACCCAAACAAUGGCGACGCAUUGAACUACAACGUCAAAAUUGUUGCCGCCGAUGAUUCAUCUAAGGUCAUUGGUGAAUGUGUUUACGAAAAUGGCAGUUACUCUGGCGGUUCUGAUGGUUGUACCGUUUCUGUUACUUCCGGUAAGGCUCACUUUGUCUUGUACAAUUAA